AUGGCGUGCACGGAGAGCAAGCUCACCAUCGACGGCCGCGGCCGCGGCGGCGGGGAGGACCUGAAGGAGAAGCAGCAGUUUGACUACUCUCAGAGGGCGCAAUGGCUGCGUGCAGCAGUGCUGGGCGCCAACGACGGCCUCGUCUCGACGGCGUCGAUGAUGGUGGGGGUGGGCGCCGUCAAGACCGACGUCAAAUCCAUGGUCCUAACCGGCUUUGCUGGCCUGGUCGCCGGCGCCUGCAGCAUGGCCAUCGGAGAGUUCGUCUCCGUUCACUCCCAGGUGGACGUGGAGCUCGCGCAGAUGGCGAGGGAGAGAGCGAGCAGCGGCGGCGCCGCCGCCGGUGACGAAGGCGGGCGGAGCGACCUGCCGGUCCCUGCGCAGGCGGCGGCGGCCUCCGCCAUGGCGUUCUCGGUCGGGGCCGCGGUGCCGUUGCUGGCGGCGGGGUUCAUCGGGAGCUAUCGCCUACGGCUGGGGGUCGUCUCGGCGGCGGCGACGGCGGCGCUGGUGGCGUUCGGCGUCGCGGGCGCCGUGCUCGGUGGCGUGCCGGCGGGAAGGUCCGCCGCCCGGGUGGUGGCCGGUGGGUGGCUCGCCAUGGCGGUCACUUUCGGGCUCAUGAAGGCCGUCGGCGGCUUCGCCGGCCUCUAA